AUAGGUUCUCCACGACGCGGCCAUCUCCGCCACCGCCAGCGCCACCUGCUAGGGUCAACACCCGCUCUCUGCGGACUGCGUGAAGCACCAGCGGCGGCCACCGGGCAGGACGAGCCCCCUCCCCAAACAGAGAGGGGCGGGGAUCAGUGCGUGCGCUCCUGGUGGAGGGCGUGGAAGAGCUUGGCAGGCGGCAAGCAGGGGUUUGGGAGGAUGGUUUCGCUCUCGACUUGGUUCCGCUAUGCCGCACAAAAGUUCGAGUACUGCGUUUCCCUCUCGUUGAAGAAAUAUAAUGACGUGGGCCGGAUCAGCAGCACACAGCUAACUGAUGUGUUAAACAAAAAUUUAUUCCAAGGCAAGCUCACCUACGUGUGUCCGACCAAAGGGGAAGAAGCCAUGGCUCCCAUCGCAUCUCCAACUGGAGGAGCCGUCCUUGUCAGAAAACUCGCAAAUUUGAGCCCCACGCAAGUGUUUGUCGGGGACGUUGUGUUGUUAAAAGACCCAGAGAAAUCUGAUGAUUUAAUUAUUCGACGACUGGCUGCCUUGGAAGGCUAUGAGAUGGUCUCUAAUGAUGAGAAGGAUGAGCCGUUUGUGCUUGAGAAAGACCAAUGCUGGGUCCUGGCAGACAACCUAGCCCUCAAGCCAAAGGAAGCUAGAGAUAGCCGCUUGUUUGGACCUGUCCCAAUGACUGACAUCCUUGGCAGAGUGAUUUACUCUUUAAGAACCGCUGUUGAUCACGGUCUAGUCGAGAACAGCGGCAUGGCCAUGAAACAGGAUGGUCCAGUACUGGCAGUUGAGCUUGAUGUGGAAGAGAUGGCGAAGAACAUUAAGCCCUAGACAGUUGAUGUUUUCGACAUGCUGCGCUGUAACUCACCGUCACAAUGGAUCUUUUUUUGUUGUUGUUUAUGAUCUGUUGCUUCAAGUAGAACUGCAUUGGAAUGUUUUUUCACGGUUUGCCUUUGGAGCAGUCAAUAAUGGUCUUGACAGAUAAUCCAGAGGCCGCUGGACCGUGUUCACUCAGAAUGGCUGUUUUUAGGGUUUCUUAUUCAUGAACUUGCUGUGAAUCUUGUA